AUGGAGGAUUUGGAUUAUGCAGGGAUUAACUUUGGUGCUAUAGUUUUUCUUUAUUUAUUUGCAGUCUUCUAUCUUUUGAAAUUAAAUUCUAAGUGGUUCGCCUAGAAGACUUAAGAUUAGAAUUCAAAUACCCAGAGUUCGUGUCUGGAUUAGAUUUUAGAAGCAUUUGUAUUUUGGCCUAAAGAAACAAAAAAGAACCACAAUUUGAUUUGCAUUGAGAAAGUAGCAAAUAUCUUUGUCAUUUUCACUAAUUAAGAAGUAGCAUAUUCAUUGUUCGAAUAACAACAAAAUUUUAAAGAUGACUUAUAAGUUAGCUUAUAUAAGUACCUCUACAUACCAUUAAUUUGUUUUGGGGGAUUUUUGCUUUAAAAAGUGUUUUAUUAUAUGUGUUACAGCUUCUAUAAAGAAUGUAUUUUCAAGUAAUUGGAAAAAAAGUAUCCAAAAACCUCAAAAUUUGCAUUUUCUGAUCCUAGAUCAAGAAGUAUGUUUUUUUUUGGAUAUGUUAUUGCAAAUUUGGUCGUAAUUGUAAUUGUUUUCUCAGAUUCUGCAAACCUAGCUACAUUUGGUAGCUGUAUUUUAUCAGCAUUGAUAGGCUCAGGAAUAUAAAUAUUUGGACCGGAAUUGCUUUUUGUUAUUGUUUUUGUCUAGUUUUUUCAGUUAGAUUAUAAACUAUAUACAAUAUUGUUUUAAUAAAAGAAACCAAAUGUAUCUAAUGAAAAAAUAGAAAGGUACAAUCAAGAAAACUAAACCCUUAGGUGA